UGGCUUUUACCGAGCUGUAGGCUGAGGCCGAACUCUUUGGUAAUGCCGAACUCAUACUCUUCCUUGGGCUUUGGGCUGAUGGGCCGUCAUUGCUGUUGGGCUUGUUUAGUACGCACCCCAUCAGUCAGCGGGGCUGCAGGAUCUAAUGUCGGUAGCAGUGGUGGAAAUGUGAACUAUGGAGGAAGUUAUGGCAGAAGUUCGAGUCUGGGUGGUAACAACGUGAAUCCGGGCGGUGGCAGCAUUCGAAAUUCAAAUAUUGGGGGUCCAUCAAUGAAAAGUAUGGCAGGGGGUGGAGUUGGAGGUGUGGGGAUGGGUUCAAGUAAGGACCCUUUUGGAUCUUUGGUGGAUUUUUCGUCUAAGUCGUCUGCUGGUAUGAAGUCGGCAAAUAAAGCAACUGAGAAGAGUGGUUUUGGGGAUGAUUUGUUUGGUAGCUUUCAAGAUGCCACUUCGAAUUCAUCAGGUUCUGCUUUUCCCACAAGUAACAAUGAUCCAUUUGGGAAUUUUCAAAAUGCCACUUCAAAAACGAGCAGAGAUUCAUUUUCUUCCAAUGCCUUUUCCGCUAAUAACAGUGAUCCAUUGGGCGAUGCAUUUGCGAAUUUUCAGAAUGCCCCUUCAAAAACUGGUGGAUCCACAUUUUCAUCCAGUGCUUUUCCUACAAGUAACAAUGAUCCAUUAGGUGAUUUCGGGUUUUCUAACAGUGUACCCACCAGUCAAAGUCAGCCUAAAACACAAUCCUCGGGAGCUAAUGGCUUUGAUGCUUUAUUUUCUUCGACUGCUGGUGGAGUAACAGGAGGGGCUGAAGGAUUUGCUACCCAGCAGUUCUCGGGGGGUGAUGAUUGGGGAAUAAAUGAAGAUUUUGCAGGAAAUGAUUCAGGGGGAACAACUGAGCUUGAAGGCCUUCCUCCUCCCCCUGCCGGUGUUUCUGCUUCGUCUGCAAAGAAUAAGGGUAUGGAUAAUUACAAGCAGGGCCAAUUUGCUGAUGCUAUAAAAUGGUUGUCUUGGGCCGUUGUUCUUCUUGAGAAGGCUGGUGAUGAUGGGACGGAGGAUGUGUUAGUCAACAGGGCUUCUUGCUACAAGGAAGUCGGAGAGUAUAAGAAGGCUGUAGCUGACUGUACAAAGGUGCUUGAACGUGAUGGCAAGAAUGUAUCUGUUCUAGUCCAGCGUGCUCUCCUUUAUGAGAGCAUGGAGAAAUACAAGCUUGGAGCCGAAGAUCUCAGAACUGUCAUGAAACUUGAUCCUGGUAAUAGGGUUGCAAGAAGCACCAUCCAUCGCCUCACCAAGAUGGCAGGAUAGAGUGCUUUUUGUUUCAUCUCGUAUUUCACUUUGUCACGCACGGUAUUGGUCUUAUUUGGAAGAGUAUGCGGGAGUGUUUAAACAGCUGAUGAGUUUUCUUAUUUCGUUUUACCCUCUGAAAAAAACAAAACUUGUAAACUUUUUGUUCCUAUUUCUUUUUAAGUUCAUAUUAUAUGAUA